AUGGUACUUUCUGCAUGCAGCCCAUACUUUAAGAGCUUAUUAGAGGAGAACCCUUCAAAACAUCCUAUUAUAAUCUUGAAAGAUGUUUCUUAUCUACACUUGCAAGCAAUACUCGAGUUUAUGUAUGCUGGAGAAGUAAAUGUUUCUCAAGAACAGCUUCCAGCUUUUCUCAAGACAGCAGCACGGCUCAAGGUUAAAGGCCUAGCUGAGCCUCCCCCACAGAUGCCAAGCAUUAAAAGAGAAGGC